AUGGGUUCUCCCUUCAAAGAACUCUCCAAGGAGCCUUUUGAUAAGCAUAUCUCAAAGAUCCUCCAGAGAACAACCAGCCCACCACUACUCAAAAUCUUUACCGAACAACUUGAAAAGAGAAAUUCUCCAUUUUUUUUUUUGACUUCUUUUUUUUUCUUUUCCCCUUUUUUCUUUAUUCUUCUUCGUUUUCUUCUAUCUCCUUUUUCUUUUUCCUUUUUCUUCUUUCUUCUUCCUUUUCUUCUUUUCUCCUCGUUUUUCUUCUCUCUUCUUCUUUCUUCUUCUUUUCCUUUUCUCUUUCUUCUUUCUUCGUCCUUUUCUUUUUUUCUUCGUUUUCUUUUUGCUUUUCUUCUUCUUUCUUCUCCCUUUUCUUCUUUCUUCUUUCUUCUUCUGUCUUCUUCUUUUUUCUUCUUCUUUAUUCUCCUACUUCUUUUUCGUAUUCUUCUUUUCUUUUUCUUCUUCUUCUUUCUCCUUCCUUUGCUUUUUCUUCGUCUUUCUCCUUCUUUUUCUUCUUCAUUUUUCUUCCUUUUUUUCUUCUUCUUUCUUCGUCCUUUUCUUUUUUCUUCUUUUUCUUUUUCUUCUUUCUUCUUCUUCUUUUUCUUCUUUAUUCUUCUUUUCCUUUUCUUUUUUUCGUCUUUCUCCUUUUUCUUCUUCUUUUUCUUCGUCCUUUUCUUUUUUCUUCGUUUUCUUUUUGCUUUUCUUCUCCUUUCUUCUUCCUUUACUUCUUUCUUCUUCUGUCUUCUUCUUUUUCUCCUUAAUUAUUCUCCUUCUUCUUUUUUUCUUCUUCUUCUUCUUUUCUUUUUCUUCUUCUUUCUCCUUCCUUUGCUUUUUAUUCGUCUUUCUCCUUUUUUCUUCUUCUUUCUUCUUCUUUUUCUUCCUUUCUUUUUCUUCUUCUUUCUUCGUACUUUUCUUUUUUCUUCUUUUUCUUUUUCUUCUUUCUUCUCCUUCUUCUUUUUCUUUAUUCUUCUUUUCCUUUUCUUUUUUCUUCGUCUUUCUCCUUUUUCUUCUUUCUUCGUCCUUUUCUUUUUUCUUCGUUUUCUUUUUGCUUUUCUUCUCCUUUCUUCUUCCUUUUCUUCUUUCUUCUUCUGUCUUCUUCUUCUUCUUUUUCUUCUUCUUUAUUCUCCUUCUUCUUUUUCUUCUUCUUCUUUUCUUUUUCUUCUUCUUUCUCCUUCCUUUGCUUUUUAUUCGUCUUUCUCCUUUUUUCUUCUUCUUUCUUCUUCUUUUUCUUCCUUUCUUUUUCUUCUUCUUUCUUCGUCCUUUUCUUUUUUCUUCUUUUUCUUUUUCUUCUUUCUUCUCCUUCUUCUUUUUCUUUAUUCUUCUUUUCCUUUUCUUUUUUCUUCGUCUUUCUCCUUCUUUUUCUUCUUUCUUCGUCCUUUUCUUUUUUCUUCGUUUUCUUUUUGCUUUUCUUCUUCUUCCUUCUUCCUUUUCUUCUUUCUUUUUCUGUCUUCUUUUUCUUCUUCUUUUUCUUUUUUUUUUCUUCUUUUUAGAACUUCUGUAGCGUGCGUUGCGAGAUUAAAAAACAAAAGCAAUCGCUAA